CUCCCUCAAAACCCAGCGACGAUCGAUCAGCGUGCAUCCCUGACAAAAAAAAGCACACACACACAUACAUACACCUACUAGUCUUCGUGGCUGCCAAGCUUAAGCUCGAGAAGGAUUAACAAUGGCGGUAGUCUCGCGGUCGAGGAGCCGCGACGUCCCCUCGGCGCUUCUGCUGCUGCUACUGCUCCUGGCGGUGGCCUCGGCGGCCGCGGUGGGCGUGGCGGCCAAGACGAACGUCCACGACGUCGCGGAGGAGAGCGACAAGGAGGAGGAGUCGUGGACGGGCUGGGCCAAGGAGAAGAUCUCCGAGGGGCUGGGGCUCAAGCACCACGCCGACGUCGUCGACGAGGAGGAGGCCGCGCGCAAGGCCGGCCACACCGUCAAGUCCGCGCGCGAGUCCGCCCAGAACACCGCCUCCGAGGUAGGGAAGAAGGCGGGGGACGCCAAGGAGGCGGCCGCCGAUGCCGCGGCCGGCGCGUCGAGCAAGGCUGGCCAGGCCAAGGACAAGGCCAAGGAGACGGUGAAGGGCGCGGCCGGCGAGGCGUCCAGUAAGGCGGAGUACGCCAAGCAGAAGACCAAGGAGGCCGCCGAGGCGGCGAGCGAGCGCGGCGCCGAGGCGCACGAGCGGUCGAAGCAGGGCAAGGAGAAGGUCGAGGAGAAGGCCCGAGAGAAAGCCGGGCAGGGGUACGAGAGCGCCAAGGACGCGGCCGGCAAGGCGCAGGAGACGCUGCGGCAGACCACGGACGCGGCGGCGGAGAAGGCCGCGAAGGCCAAGGAGGCCGCGUGGGAGACGACGGCCGCCGCGAAGGAGAAGGCCGCGGCGGCCAAGGACGCCGCGGCCAACAAGGCUGGCGCGGCCAAGGACGCGGCGGCGGAGAAGGCGGAGGCGGCCGCCAAGAAGGCGCAGGAGUCUAAGGAGGCCGCCAAGGGGAAGGCUACGGAGAAGGCGGCGUCGGCCAAGGACGCGGCGUGGGAGACGGUGGAGACGGCCAAGGAGAAGGCCAGCGAAGGGUACGAGAGGGUGAAGGAGAAGGCGAGGGAGACGGCGGACACGGCCAAGGAGAGGCUGGAGGAGGUGAAGGAGAGGGUCGCUGGCCCCAGCGCCGACGCCGACGCCGGCAAGGGGAAGCACCGGAGGGCGGACGCAGACAAGUACCGGUCGGAGGAUGAGCUGUGAGAGAGAGACCUCGCCGGCGCCGGCGUUGGAUGAUGUUUGCAUUCAGUGUCGAGGAUGUUUCCAGCGUGUUUAAAGCUCUACUUUUUUUCACACAGAUCUGUACACUCUCUUUAGUCUUCUGUUUCAGCCACGACCAUGAUGCUGUUCCUGCUCUGUAGUAUAAUAAUCUGUUGACGUGUACAAAAGCUUCCCACAAAAUUUGAGUUACGUACAACUUCUUGUUAUUUCA